AUGGCUUCACCAACUUCUCCUACCAUUUACUUUCUCCUCCUAAUUCUUCUUGUCUCUCUACUUCACACGCCCACUUUUGCACUGAAAAAAAAGUCAUAUGUGGUUUACUUAGGAAGCCAUUCACAUGAUUCAGAAUUGUCUUCAGUUGAGUUCAAUCGUGUAACAGAUUCUCACAAUGAGUUUCUAGGAUCUUUCUUGAAAAGUUCUGAUACAGCGAAAGAGUCCAUUUUUUACUCUUACACAAGACAUAUCAAUGGUUUUGCUGCAACUUUGGAAGAAGAAGUAGCAGCUGAGAUAGCAAAACAUCCAAAUGUGUUGUCAGUGUUUGAGAACAAUGGAAGGAAACUACACACAACUCGUUCAUGGGGAUUCAUGGGAUUAGAAGAUGAUUACGGAGUCAUAACAUCCAACUCAAUAUGGAACAAAGCCAGAUUUGGUGAAGGUGUCAUCAUAGCAAACCUUGAUACAGGCGUUUGGCCUGAAUCAAAGAGUUUUAAUGAUGAAGGGUUUGGACCAAUUCCAUCCAAGUGGAGAGGAAUCUGUGAAAAAGGGUCUGAUCUUGCUUUCCACUGCAACAGGAAACUAAUUGGUGCAAGGUAUUUCAACAAAGGCUAUGCUUCUAGGUUAUCUACCCCGGUCAACUCGUCCUCUAACACGCCUCGUGACAAUGAAGGCCAUGGAUCUCAUACAUUAUCGACAGCCGGUGGAAACAUGGUAUCUGGCGUAAGUGUUUACGGUCAAGGCUAUGGAACAGCAAAGGGUGGUUCACCGAAAGCAAGAGUUGCGUCAUACAAAGUUUGUUGGCCUCCGAUUAAUGGUGACGAGUGCUUUGAUGCAGACAUACUUGCAGCCUUUGAUAUGGCUAUUCAUGACGGGGUUGAUGUUUUGUCUUUGUCACUUGGUGGAUCUGCUUCUAACUUUUUCAAUGAUAGUGUUGCUAUUGGAUCUUUCCAUGCUGCUAAGAAAGGUAUUGUUGUUGUUUGUUCUGCUGGCAAUAGUGGACCAAAUGAGGCUACCGUAGAAAAUCUAGCUCCUUGGUAUAUUACGGUUGGUGCUAGCACGAUGGAUAGAGAGUUUCCUAGUUAUGUUGUUCUUGGUAACAAUUUAACCUUAAAGGGAGAAAGCUUAUCAGCUACAAGAUUAGCGCACAAAUUCUACCCGAUCAUUAAAGCAACGGAUGCUAAGUUAGCAAGUGCAACAAAUGAAGACGCUGUGCUUUGCCAGAAUGGAACUCUGGAUCCUAACAAGGUGAAGGGCAAGAUAGUAUUAUGCCUGAGAGGAAUAAAUGCAAGAGUGGAUAAGGGAGAACAAGCUCUUCAAGCUGGUGCUGUGGGAAUGGUCCUUGCCAAUGAUAUAAUUACUGGAAAUGAAAUCAUAGCUGAUCCUCAUGUUCUUCCUGCAUCUCACAUCAAUUUCUCCGAUGGAUUAAAAGUCUUUAAUUACGUCAACUCAUCCAAGUCUCCAGUGGCUUAUAUUGCAUAUCCAACAACAAAAUUGCAUACUAAGCCGGCCCCUUUCAUGGCAGCAUUUUCAUCCAAAGGACCAAAUACUAUGGUACCUGAAAUUCUAAAGCCUGAUAUCACUGCACCAGGAGUGUCAAUUAUAGCCGCCUACACUGAAGCAGAAGGCCUAUUGAAAGCUCUGUACCCUUCUUGGAGUCCAGCAGCUAUUAAAUCAGCUAUCAUGACCACAGCUACAACAUUAGACAACGAGGCAGAGCCAAUUCUGAAUGCAUCCUUCAUCCAAACAACACCAUUUAGCUAUGGAGCGGGACAUGUUCAACCGAACAAAGCAAUGGAUCCUGGCCUUGUUUAUGACACAACCAUGAAUGAUUACUUCAACUUCUUAUGUACUUUAGGCUAUAAUGAAACUGAAAGGUCACUUUUUUCAAAUGCUACUUACCAUCGCCAUAAGAAUUUUAGUCUCCUCAACCUAAACUACCCUUCAAUCACUGUCCCAAAUCUCUCUGGAUCAGUGACGGUUCAAAGAACACUGAAAAAUGUUGGUGCUCCAGCAACAUACGUUGUCCAUGUUCAGAAUCCAAAUGGUAUAACUGUUUCUGUGAAACCAAGUAUAUUGGAGUUCAAACAUGUUGGCGAAGAAAAGAGGUUUAAGGUAAAAUUGAAGACAAAGAAAGGAAAAGCAACAAAGAGUUAUGUGUUUGGGAAGAUGACUUGGUCAGAUGGGAAGCAUUAUGUUAAGAGUCCAUUAGUUGUGAAAGCUAUUUAG